GUGGAAGCAGAGGAAGAGGCUGUGCUUAGGCCUUUGAAAGCAUAUCCUCAAGACGCAGAUGUGAUUCCGCAACAUAAGAUCGCCCGAGGAAACCACCCGGAGCAGGAGGAGGAAGAGGACAACAUGGCUGCUCCUCAGGGUCAGUUGACCUUCAGUGAUGUGGCCAUAGAAUUCUCUCAGGAGGAGUGGGCAUGCCUGGACCCAGCUCAGCGGAAACUGUACGUGGACGUGAUGUUGCAGAACUACAGGAACCUGGUAUUCCUGGGUCUUGUUAUGUCUAAGCCAGACCUGAUCACCUUUUUGGAGCACAUGAUGGAGUCCUGGGAGUUGAAGAGAAAAGAAACAAUAUCCAGCCAGCCAGUUAUGUCUUCUCAAGUCACCCAGGGCUUGUUACCAAAACCAGGCAUCGAAAAUUCAUAUUGGAAUAUGCUACAGGCAUUUGAUACCGAAGAGAAGCCUUAUAAAUGUGGAGAAUGUGGCAAAGCCUAUAAAUGGUAUUCAAGCCUUACCAGUCAUCAGAGACUACAUUCUGGAGAGAAGCCUUAUAAAUGUAGGGAAUGUGGCAAAGCCUUUAGCAAAUCUUCGAGCCUUACCAGUCAUCGGAGAAUUCAUUCUGGAGAGAAGCCUUAUAAAUGUAAAGAAUGUGGCAAAACUUUUACCCAGAGCUCAAAUCUUGCUCAACAUCAGAAAAUUCAUUCUGGAGAGAAGCCUUAUAAAUGUGGAGAAUGUGGCAAAGCCUUUAUCUCAAGCUCACAUCUGACUCGACAUCAGAUGAUUCAUUCUGGAGAGAAGCCUUAUAAAUGUAGAGAAUGUGGCUUUGCCUUUAACCGGUGUUCAACCCUUACUCGACAUCAGAGAAUUCAUUCUGGAGAGAAGCCUUAUAAGUGUAGAGAAUGUGGUAAAGCCUUUAUCCGGAGCUCAAAUCUUACUCAACACCAGAGAAUUCAUUCUGGAGAGAAGCCUUAUAAAUGUAGAGAAUGUGGCAAAGCCUUUAUCUGGCCCUCACAACUUAUGCAACAUCAGAGAAUUCAUACUGGAGAGAAGCCUUAAAAUGUAGAGAAUGUGACUAAGCCUUUAACAAUUCUUCAAGCCUCAUGGACCAUUAGAAAAUUCAUAUUUGGGAGAAGCCUUAUAAAUGUAGAGAAUGUGGCAAAGCCUUUACCCACCACUCAAAUCUUACCAAACAUGAGACUGCAUACCUGAGAGAAGCUUUACAAAUGUGAAGAGUGUGACAAAGCCUUUAACCUCUGCUCUUCAAUAUUGGGGAAUUCAUACUGGAUAGGAGCAAUACAAAUAUAAAGAAUAUGGAAAAACCUUUAACCAUUGCCCAAACCUCACUAAAUAUCAAGUAAUUCAUACCAGAGAGAACCAUUACAAGUGUAGAGAAUUUGGCAACACCUUUUCCCAGUGUUGGAACCAUAGUCAAUAUCACAUGAUUCAUGCCGGACUGAAAUGAUACACAUUUAAAGAAUGUGGCAAAACUUUUAACUAUUUAUCAAGCCUCACUGAACUUUAGUGAAUUCAUACUGAAUAGAAACCAUGCAAAUAUAAAGACCAUAAUACUUUUCAAAUAUGCCUUUUAAAUCAGAAUACUUAUUUUAGAGAAUCCAGUAAGGAAAGUUAUAUGAUUUUCUAGUAUGAAUGAAAAUACCAAGGGCAUGGAUGUUUGAAAAAAUUUAAUUUCCUACACUGUAUCCUUUUUAUUAUGACAGUAUUUGUGAUUUUUUGAAACACAAAUAGUAAUGUGAUUUAAAUCUCAAUUCAUUUGAUGCUUCUGUGAAUGCUUGUAAUGUGUAUUUUGACCAGUGGGUUUGUAAUGCUUUGUAAUGCGAAUUGUCUUCUGUGCAUUCUAUUGAAUUUCUUUCUCCCUAAUCUGAUGACUUUGGAUUUGACAAUCUCUCAUGGCAAUUCCAUUGUGUUUACAUUCGUGUCUCAUGUAAAACCUACCAUAUGUUUUCCUUGUUCCAUAGAAUAUGUGUGGACUUUAUAUAUUCUCAUUCAUAAAACGUUUUAUUUAUUUAUUUAUUUUUAAAAAAUAUUUUUUAUUGACUUCAGAGAAGAAGGGAGAGGGAGAGAAUAGAUAGAAACAUCAGUGAUGAGAGAGAAUCAUUGAUCAGCUGCCUCCUGCAUGCCCACACUGGAGGAUUGAGCCUGCAAUCUGGACAUGUGCCCUGACCAGUAUCAAACUGUGACUCCUGGUUCAUAGGUCAACACUCAACCCCUGAGCCAUACCAACUGGGCAAUAAAGUGUUUUAAUUUAAAUAUGUUAUCAGUGAUGUGUAAUGAAUAAGGUAUUAAUAUGCCAUCAAAGUUAACAUUUCCCACCUCAUUCAAGGUUUCAGGUAACAAUGCAACGGAAUGACAUCAUUAGCAAUCCUUUACCCAGAGACCUUAAACCUUAAAUAAAUGUGUAAAGAGUUUACCCAUAAUUUAUAUAUUUCCUUCCUUUUAUCAUACCUACUGGGGACAUUAUGAUGGUUACAAAAACAUAUCUAGGAGUAUUUUUGAAAGUUUAAGUAAAAAGUGUAUGAUGUUUCAGCAUUGACAUUUAUUUUGUGUAGCUAAAAAGUUUUGUACUGAACUCCCAUGAAACCCUAGUGCACACAGACACCAGCUUAUAGUGUUCCAAGUGAAUGUAAGUUUUUUAUAUGGCAUCUCCAGCAGUCCUUGUGAACAAUAGCCUGUUUGUUUGUUUGUUUGUUUGUUUGUUUGUUUGUUUGUUUGUUUUGCACUGCAGGGUCUGCAUUUUGUAUGCCCCUUAUGUAAGAUUUCUGAAGGCCUAGCCAAACCUUGCUGAUUGUGUUUAAGCUGAACAAUCUGGACCUAGCUCGAGAACCCCAAGGCACUCCACUUAGUGAUCCUAAAUCAGACCUACACUCUGUGUACUGCCACUCUCUUCCUGCACCCUGUAUUGGCCUUUCAUGUGUUCGCCCCUGCAGGCAUACUGUGUACUUUGUCCAGCCUUGUCAAUUCUAUACUUUUCCCCCCAGAUUUACCGGUGGUCUUUGUGUGAUUGCUAGGCACUGCCCAGGACCGUGGGCUUUUCUUAACAAAUGCCAAUUUAACAAAACGCUUGAAAGUCUUAUUAGAAGCCCUGUAUUUGGGAUUCUGCUUCCUGAUAACAUUUUAAUAUAUAUAUAUACCAGGUGUACCGGUUAAUGCGGAUUUUUUUCAAUAGAUGGAUUUACACAUAGGUUGAUAAAUAUACGAUUUGAUAUGUAUGCUAUUUUGUUGUAUUGACAACAAGCCUCAAAACUUCAUGUCAAAUUUGCUGAAGGUGUUAACAUCAUAGAGAUUUUUUGCACUUAAAAAUGUCGAAUUUUGUGCCAAAAAAAAGAGCAUUUGCGAGAAGUUUGAAUUCAUUAUUUUGAAGAAAAGAGCUGCUGGAUGUUAUCGUAUACUUUGGGAAGCUUAUGGUGAACAUGCUCCAUCUCAAGAUAGUUGUGAACACUGGUUAAUGCUUUAAAAGUGAUGAUUUUGAUGUGAAAGACAAAGAACAUCCAGGUCAACCGAAAAAAUUUGAAGACCAACAAUUACAAGAAUUAUUGAAUGAAGGUGCGUAUCAAACUCAAAAACAACUUGCAGAAAGAUUAAACGUUGUUCAGUAAACAAUUUGUGAUCAUUUACAAGCAAUAGGAAAGAUUUUAAAGGAAGGAAAAUGGGUGCCACAUCAACUGAACAAAAGACAAAUGGAAAACCGAAAAGUCAUCAGUAAAAUGUUGCUUCAACAGCAUGAAAGAAGGUCUUUUUUGCAUCGAAUUCUGACUGGUGAUGAAAAGUGGAUUUAUUUUGAGAAUUCCAAAUGCACAAAACAAUGGGUUGAUCCAGAUCAACCAUCAACAUCCACUGCAAGGCCAAAUAGCUUUGGAAAGAAGACAAUGCUCUGUGUUUGGUGGCAUCAGGAAGGUGUGGUGUAUUAUGAGUUUCUAAAACCAGGUGAAACCAUUAAUACUGAUCACUACUGACAACAAAUAAUCAAUUUGAACCACGCUUUGAUCGUGAAAUGACCAGAAUGUGCCAGAAGACACGGCAAAGUAAUUUUGCUUCAUGAUAACGCAACGCAACAUCACACACUUCAAAACCAGUUAAAGACACGUUAAAAGAUCUUGCCUGGGGAAGUAUUAACCUACCCACCGUAUUCACCAGACUUUGCUCCUUCAGAUUACCACUUGUUCCAAUAGAUGGCACAUGCACUUUCUGAGCAGCACUUCAAAACAUACGAAGUGGAAAAUUGGAUCUCUGAAUGGUUUGCCUCAAAACAAGAAAAGUUCUAUUGGGACGGUAUCCACAAAUUAUCUGAAAGAUGGGGGAAAUGUGUAGCUAGCGAUGGACAUUACUUUGAAUGAAGCACCUUUGAUGUUUCUCUUGAAAUUAUCGUGUUUUCUUUGAUUACAAAAUCCGCAUUAAUAACCAGUACAUCUGAAUAUAUAUAUAUUCUUUUUCUGAGCCUACAUAACAAAGAGAUUUACAUAGUUUUGACAUGCAAUAUGUAAAAAUAGUAAUAUAAAGAUGUAAUUUAGGCAUAAGAUGACUAUCAAGAGGGAAGUGGGUGUGAAUGUGUGUACACAUAUCUUCAGAUGAAAAGGUUAAUGGACCAAAAUUGGUAAUUUAAAAAUAUUUCUUGAUGUACUAACAAAGUCAAACCUUACAGAUUUAUAAUGUGAAUUGUCUUCUGUGCAUUCCAUUGCAUUUCUUCCUUAUCUCAUGACUCUGGGUUUGACAGUCUCAUGGCAAUUUCAUUU